AUGAACAUUAUUUGUUGGUUCACGAAAUAUGUAAUUUCAGUGCCUGUCCCUGACGCAAAAGCAUUAACGUUAGCAAAGGCUUUCCUCACAAAUUGCUAUCUGAGGUUUGGCGGAUGUAUUGAAUUAAUAACUGAUAAUGCCACGGCAUUCACUAGCGAAUUUUUCAGAAAUUUCUGCUCUAUGUUGUAUAUAAAUAAGAGCUAUGCAAUUCCACACUGGUCCCAAGGCAAUGCAGUCACUGAACGCUCUUUUAGAACAUUCCAUAACAUUCUUGCCAAGUAUAUAAAUAAGGAACAGCCCGAUUUUGAUGAAUUUGUAGACAUAGCCAGCUUUUGCUAUAACACAUCAAUUCAUGCUUCAACAGGAGAAACACCUUUCUUUUUAAUGUUCGGUAGAGAUCCAAUUUUCUGUGUAGACCAAAUUCUCGAUCCCAGAGUUCACGACCCAAUAGCCUUAACUGAUUUAUCUGAAUUCAAACAAAAACUAGUAGUCUCGUUGAGAAAAGCAUGGGAAGCCGCGGACGAAGCAAAUAAGGAAGCCCAAUUAAAGUCAAAAGCCCAGUACGACAAAUUGACUAGAAACCCAACAGUAACUGUAGGUGACAGAGUAUUAUUGAGGAAUUAUUGUGGCAAAAUAGGUACCUCGAAGAAAUUUCACAUGCCCUGGAAAGGUGUAUUCAGAGUGGUAAAAAUAGAUGGAAUUUAUGUUACUAUAGUUAGUUGUAAUGCUCCUAGUGCGAUACCGAAGGUUGUUCAUAUAAACCAGUUAAAGAAGAAUUAA